AUGCUUGAGGAUGCAGUUGAUUUGUUAGAAGAUGAAGUGUUGGAAAAUGCAAUGUUGGAAGAUGAAGUGUUGGAAGAUAAAUAUUUUUACUUUUAUGGUAUCACUGAAUCAAUAUUAUACUUCUUCCGCAAAUUAUCUGAGCGGAAAGCAACGCAACAUAUCGCAACGCAACGUAACGUAACGAAACAGAAUAUUUCGCUUGGCUCUGAAAAUUUGCAAAGCCAAAUAGUGCUUAAUGGAAGAACGGCAGGAGACAUAGAAGGCAACGUCACAUAUAUAAGUAGUAAUGGUUCUGCGGUAAAUGAUUUAUGCACAGUUUCACAAGAAAUGCUGACAUAUGUAGAAACCUUUACGGUAGAAGAAAGAGAAUGGUCCGAUCAUAUGCCUUUGGUGAUAAGUUUAAAAUUGCAAUGUGAAAUACAACAAAACACGGAACGAAAACUGCUUCCGACCCUCAAAUGGAAAGAUGCAAAUAGGGUUCAAUAUAGCAAAAAACUUAAGGAAAAUAUAAGGACAAAGCUGCAAAAUAAAACACAUCUAGACUUAUCAGAUUUAACUGAUGUUAUACUAAAAUCUACUCCCAAAAUACGAAAAUGUAAGGGAUUCUAUACCAAAAAAUCAAAAUGGUAUAACUUCCGAUGCUUUGUCGCGAAGAAAAAAGCUAAACACUUGUUGAGAAAAUAUAGAAGAACAGAGAGCAGCGCUACUAGAGCAAAUUACUUAGAAGCAAAUAAGAAAUAUAAAGAUGUAUGUCUGAAAAGUAAAGCUGAAUAUUAUAGAAAUCUAGAGACACGUAUAAACACAAUUAAAAAUGGCAAAGAAUGGUGGAAGCUAGUUAAAGAGCUAAGAAAUAGGCCUUUAAUAAAUGAGGUACGAAUUGCACCAAAUGAGUUUAAGACACACUUUGAAAAUCUUCUUAAUCACACGCAAACGGCGAAAGAUGUGCAUUAUGCUCCAAACUUUAUAGAAAUAGACGAGCUCGACAAACCUAUAAUGGUGGGUGAGAUAUUGCAGGUCUUGAAAAAAGCGAAAGACGGAAAAGCACCAGGUUUAGAUAGAAUCCCUUACGAAUUUUACAAAAAUGCAAAUACGGAAUUUUUAGAGCAACUCGCGAAGGCAUACAACCAGAUGUACGACUCAGGAAGGGCAGAUUCAAGUUCUGAACCGAGUAUAAUAUUUCCAAUACACAAGAAGGGAGAUAGUUCAGUUAUAACCAAUUAUAGGGGUGUGGCAUUUAUGAACACAAAAGCAAAAAUAUUGAUGGGUGUGCUCAAUGAAAGAUUAUCCAGUUGGGUUGAAAACAAUAACAUCAUGUCUGAAUACCAAGCAGGAUUUCGUAAAAACUAUUCCACGGUUGACAACCUAUACAAUCUAACAUCCAUCAUCUAA